GUUUGUCUACCAAAGUGCCCUCACUUCUCAUCUCAGAACCCAUACAGGAGAGAAGCCUUUCCAGUGCACAGUUUGUAAUUUGGCCGUCGAAGUACUCUCGCAACUCAUCUAAACAUCCAUACAGGGGAGAAGUCUUUUGAGUGCAUGGUUUGUAACAAGAAGUUUGCCCAACGCGGUUCUCUCACAACUCAUCUAGAAACCCAUACAGAAGAGAAGCCUUUCCAGUGCACAGUUUGUAAUAAGAAAUUUGGCCGUCGAAGUACUCUCGCAACUCAUCUAAACAUCCAUACAGGGGAGAAGUCUUUUGAGUGCAUGGUUUGUAACAAGAAGUUUGCCCAACGCGGUUCUCUCACAACUCAUCUUAGAACCCAUACAGAAGAGAAGCCUUUCCAGUGCACAGUUUGUAAUAAGAAAUUUGGCCGUCGAAGUACUCUCGCAACUCAUCUAAACAUCCAUACAGGGGAGAAGUCUUUCAAAUGCAUGGUUUGCAGCAAGAAUUUUUGUCAAGCAUUUAAACUUAAAAUACAUCUGAGAACCCAUACAGGGGAGAAGCCUUUCCAGUGCACAGUUUGUAAUAAGAAAUUUGGCCGUCGAAGUACUCUCGCAACUCAUCUCAGAACCCAUACCGGGGAGAAGCCUUUUGAGUGCACAGUUUGUAACAAGAAUUUUAGGGAUGGAUCUAAUCUUAAAAUACAUCUGAGAACCCAUACAGGGGAGAAGCCUUUCGAGUGCAUGGUUUGUAAUAAGAAGUUUACCAAGUGGUUCUCUCACAACUCAUCUCAGAACCCAUACAGGGGAGAAGCCUUUCGAGUGCAUGGUUUGUAAUAAGAAGUUUACCCAACUAGGUCAACUCCGAAGUCAUAUUCGAACCCAUAGAAAUGAAACGUCGUUCGAGUGCACUGUUUGUAACAAGAAGCAUACUUACGCGUCUAGUCUCAGAAUUCAUCUUAGAACCCAUACAGGGGAGAAAC